AUGGCAGAUGAGUUUAAUACAGGAAUAAAUUGGUGGGAUUCAUCGAGGACAGCCGGUUCAUCUUCUGGGUUAAACAAUAGCUUUGGUUGGGCCACUGAAAUGGCUGAUAUCAAAACAACAGCUGCAGCAAGGUCUUCAAUGGAUUGCGUCUCAUCAGUUGUUUUCCAGGAGAACCAUAAGCUUCAAGCCAUGGAUUGGAACCAAGCUUUGCUCCGUGGGGAGAAGCCUGAGUCUACUUUCGGUUCCAUGCUUCAAGACCAUAUCUUGAGCACAUCAACUGCCAACUAUCAUCAGCAGCAGCAUCAACAAACAGGAUUUGAUCAAUUGUGUCAUGAGAAUAGUUCGACCAAUUAUCAAUAUGGCCAGUUAAAUUUCUCAAACAAUGCUCCUUUUUGGAACCCAUCUGCAGCUUCCAUGGCUGAUCAUGUUAAGCCCGCGUUUUCCCCAUCAUUGCAACUCCAGUUUCCAACAGGAAUCUUCGAUGAAAAACCACUGCAGAAUAUAUCCGAAGUUCGAGACACGAGCACCGUGGUGAAGAAAAGUGGAAACGAUCCCACUUCUAAAAGGCCACGAAACGAAACCCCAUCAAUCAUGCCAGCUUGUAAGGCGAGAAAAGAGAAGAUGGGGGACAGAAUCACUGCACUCCAACAAUUGGUUUCACCUUUCGGAAAAACUGAUACAGCCUCAGUUCUCUCAGAAGCCACUGAAUACAUAAAAUUCCUCCAUGAACAAGUCAGUGUUUUAAGUACCCCGUACAUGAAAAACAACGAAGCUGCCAUACAAUACCAGCAGGAUCCUGAGAAAUCCAAUGACCCUGAAGGGCAUCUAAGAAGCCGAGGACUAUGCUUGGUGCCGGUGUCCAGCACGUUUCCAUUGACACACGACUCGCCUGUUGAUUUCUGGACACCAACACUUGGAUCGACUUUCGGGUAGAAAGUGAAAGAGAGAAAAAGGGUUUGAUAUUCAAGAUGGACUGAGAGGAGUUCGUCCUCUUAAAAUUUUAUAAUUUCGUCCCUAAUAUAAGAUGUUAGGUCCAUUCUUGCCGGUAGAUAUAUGCAAGUAAAUGGAACUGAUAGUGAAUGAAAGAGUGAAAGAAGUCACCAUUUAAAGGUGAAGUCCCAGAAGGGGAAAAAUAAUGAAAAC